ACAGUCUGUAAGCUGAUUCUAGACCAGCGCAAAUCACAUCACUUCGCUACUUUCCCGCUCCCGUUGUUUACAAGAGGGGAUCUCUGGGAAGUGGUGCUCAUGGCAACCAGCAUAAACACUUUUCAGUAGCUACGUUUUCGCUGCUUGUACAAAACGGGGCGCAAAGGGUAAGGAACGUUGUUGUCAUGGCGUUCUGUGAGGACCAAUACUAUGAAAGAAUUGGAUCCAUUCAACAAAGCAUGCACGAAAGGGAAAAGAGGAGACUUGAGUUGGAGAGGGAGUUGUUUGCUUACUGCAGAUCUGACAAGAGAGGUCCUCAGAUAAAGUGUGCCACACUCCGUGGUUAUCUCAAGGAAAUCUGUGAGAGAGAGAAACAGGCAAAAAUUCGAAACCUGGAGCUCCUGAGAGAUGUGGAGUGCAUUGAAAUGAGCAUGAAGGAGCACUGUCCUGACCGUAACCCUCUGGAUGAACACAAGGUUGAAUGCUUGAAUAGAAUUUCCAGAUUUAUGGCAGCAAGGCAGAAGAAAGAAGAGCCAAAUCUUAAAAUAGACAAGGGAGAUUUGUUGAAUUGCUAUCCUCAGGGUGAGUCCCCCUCACCACAGGCCAGGGGUUUACGCCAACCAUCUGUAAUCUUCAUGGGUCGCCAGACCUCCAGAAGUUCCGCGGCUGAAGAUGCCACCGCAAAUAUACACUUACGACAAGCGGAGCGUCAUUCACCAAAUCAUCCAUCACAUGCCUCGGAAUGCCUGCAAAGUGGCCUUUCGAAUGACUCCAAAGUUUCCAGAGAGGUCGUUGCCGAGAGCGGAGCGUCUUUAUCAGUUGACAUUUCAGGCUCAAACGAUUCCCCCGACGGCUGUAAUUUGUGUGACAAACAUGAAAGGACGGCGGCAGUGGUUCCAUCUGUUCGUACCUUAACAGCCAGCGCCGGUGUGCCUUUUGGAGGUGAUGAACAACUGACUUCACCUCGGGUGACCUUGACGAGGCCUGAGAAGAAUAGCCCAUCGCCCAGCACUAUCAGCCAUAUGUGGGACAGGAAUUCACCUGCAGAAUACACUCGGGGUAGAGGGUCUGGUCAUCAGGAGAGCAUAAAAGAAGAUGUGGAGAGAGUUCUGCAAAGAUCACUGCCUCAAACUGACUUGGGAAAAGAAUCUCAAGAUGUGCCAGAGAAGAGUGAAACCCUUAGUAGAUCCAGUUCCAGUAUGGAGCUGUCAGUGACCAGCAUUGGUAGUGACUUGUCCACCUCCCUGACUGAGUCUGACCUGGCUGAGCUACCAAAGGUGCCAGAGGGUGUAGUCCAUACAGCCAGCCACACCAGGAGGACAGCCAGCCACACCAGGAGGACAGACAGCCCACCACAGAGGAGUGCUAUUCCACCCAGCGAGAGGGAGCUCCGCAGCGCCAGUGUUCACAGUCAAUUACUGGACAUUCCAGAGCCUAGGAACAGACCAGAAUCACGUAGCGAAUCCACGUCUCCAGAAAUCCCAUUGAAAAGACUGUCCAUGGAGGGAUUCUUCCAUCUACUGGAGAGCAUCGAACAACGAUUCCACAGAGGAGAAAGAAGUGUGUACUGUGUCUCGUCACUUGCCGAUAGCAAACGCAAUAAAGUGAUCAGCCUUUGUAACGCCAGGGCAGGCUUGAAUGGAGAGGACCUUGAUGCAUGUGGAGCAGUCGUCCUUCACCAGCUUCAGAGGUUGUCAUGGACCAUGUCAAUGGGUUGCCUGUUACCCGAAGAGCUAGUUAGCUCCAACUGGUCCACCACUGAGCCCAGGAAAAUAAGAUACAAGCCUGUGAUCCUCGCUCACGGUACAGCGUGUCCUCCAUGCUGCAGCUCCCGUCUCCCCCCUGAUGCUGCUCCUCUGUGGGAUCGCUGGUUCAAGCACGCCCUUCUGCUGAAGGACUACCAUGUCCUCACCCCCGAGCGCCUCGUCCAGCUGUUCACUCCACUGCUGCUGCCAUACAACGCCUCCUAUAGUGCCAAGGCCAAAGUGCUGCUGAGGACACUUCUGUCCCGGUCCAGUGAGGAGUGCCCCUCGGUGGAGAGUGAGUCUUCAUCUUGUGGCCUUCCCUCGUUCCUCAAUGACAGCGUUGCGGAGGUCCAACCAGCCAGACCUUCUCAGGAGCACGGCGCCUCAGGGAUGCAAGGACUACAAAGUGGUGAAGAGGACAGCCAAGACGAGAGCCCCGUGGAAAGUAUUCCUAUUAAAGAGACAAAAGCAUAUCAGCUGCUUAAACAGUCUGCCACGCAGGCGAGGCAGCAGAGCUCUGGAGACGAGGAGGAUCUGUCAGGAAUAAAUGAUGGCUAUGAAGAGAAUACUGGGAGGGUUGAGCGCUCCUCUCAUCAAGACCCUUACCCUUGGUCCUCAGAGCAGCUCUUCACCGGGAGCCCAUUUGGGAAGGUAAUGGCUGGGUAAACGUUAUGAGGAAUAAUCUUCUCUGAUUUCAUGUGAUUACUGGGCACCACGCUGACACAAGGGCCCAAAGUGUGCGUCUCCCUGGCCAGGCCAGCGGGUCUCUCAGUCUACCUAUUAGCAGAGGGAAGGGCAUAAUGGCCCAGUUCUAUUGAGGCGCUACUGUCUGCCAGUGCCAGCCCAAUGACUAUACCUCUUUAAUAAACAUGAGCCAAUUUCAGACUCCAGACCCUCUGAUCGCUCUGUCUCCACUGUCAUUAAGGAGCAUGGGAAGGCGAUAAAACACAUGUAAAUGUCGAGGAAAUGGAGAGAAUCACACCACUCUGAUUGGCCACUGUGGCCGUGUUGGUCCUGUGCAUAAAUUAUUGAAAUGAGACUAAUGACUAGUUUUGCAUGCUUGACACCUAUUCUGGUCAGGGGAGGAGUGAUCUGUUGUAAGAGCGACAGCUAAGAGCGGUCACCAUCGCACCUCUUUCCUGCUCCUCUGUGAUUCCUCACCCCCGGAUGCUUCCGUUUUAAGCAUUCCACUUACCACAGUCACUUCUUGCGCUUUAUUGCUUCUACAAGUGGUCUGGAAACCCUGCACUUGAACAGAAGCAUAACACUGCAGCAUGCUCUGCCACGUCUUUCCCUAUCUCAAUGUCUCUCUCCCCAUCUCUUUCCCCCUUUCUCUACUCCUCUCUCACCCUGUCCUUAUGUAUUUUCCUCUCUUCCCCUCUACUUCAUCCUUUUUUUUAUUUUUUAUGAUUUGCUUUAUUUUGUCAGUGAGCUGAUGAGUGACAUCAAACGACUCUGUGGCUGGACUCAAAAAAUGGCUUCCUCUCUGUUGUCUUAGACAAUAAUUAUGAUUUCCCAGUUAAGCCUAGACUACAGCUGAGGGAUUGUAGUUUAAAGCAGAGGCUUUGGUGCAAAAAAAAUGCAUUUAUAGGCCUUUGUAUGGCUCCUCAUUAUGUGUGGGCCUGAUUCAUUAAGUAAUUGGUUUGCAGUUGUUUACAUGAGUAUUACGGUCCUCUAUUCAGGAGCCUUUGAGAGAUGCAUUGUGCAAAUGUUGCAUGUUAUGAAUGCAGAAUGAGAGGCGGGGGGGGGGGCAGUCCUAUUGGCCACACACUACACUCCGCUGAAAAGCAAGAGAAAAGCGCUGGGUGCCUCUUUGCAUAGCAAUGACUCUGCCUUUAAUAAGCUUUACAGAUUAAAUACGCGCAUUCGAUACAAGAUGCAAAGAAAUACUCUUAACACAUUUAUAUGUGCUCAUUUCACUAUUAUGGCAUUGGAGAGAAUCAAGGUCUUUUAUAUUCAGUAUUUUUCUCUCUCCUCCACAGUGUUUUUCAGAGUAUAGAAUGUGCUGUUUAUUGUAUUAUAAGUCACGGCCAAGCAGACUGAGCUGCAACAACAGUUUAUUAAGGAUUCAUCCAUUAGAAAUCUUUUGCUGCCAUUGUGAGUGGUAAAGCAAAAUCACUUUGUGGUUGAGUGGGGAUGAAAGGAAUAAUGCAAGGAGUGAGACUUAAUAAGCAGCUGCACUCCAUGUAAAGACUACUUGUUUCCCUUUGUCUGGGGGUGCAUGCCACUGCUUCCUGUUGUGCAAGAUUCAUUAUGCUGUUUUUCUUUGUUUUACUGUAGGCAUUUCAGAUGUUCCUUUUCCUUUCUUGUUUUUAUAUUUUCUUUGCUUUUUUUCCUUGUUUUUUUGGGCCUGGCCUUGAUCUAAGAAAAGAUUCUCACACUGAAAAAGAAAACAUAGGUGAUCUCUCCAGUAAUCAGUGAGUGAUGUGGUUGUGAUGCCUUCUUCCUGCUUGACAAAAACCUUGACUUGACAAUUAGUGUGGAGCGUUCCCUUGGACAACAGGAUGUGCUCAGGCAUUCGCCCCCCCCCCCCAAUCACUCAGACAGACACAAAGUGUCAUAAUCAGAAAUUAGCCCUCUGGAGGAGAGGCAGGAAGAAGCGAUGUGUGUGGCACAUCUCUCACAGAACACUGGCAGGGAGGGAGGGGAAGGGAGAGCGAGCGGGAGGAAAAACCGAGAUCAGGCACCAGAAGGUGCCAGGUAGAGAGACCAACGAACAUGCAGACAAACUAACAGAGCCUGAUUUAGAGCGCAGCUGACAGAAAUGUGUUCAGAGACUUUCGGCAGAGAAAUAAUAUGGUGACAAUUUUUUUCCCAUUGUGAAUUCACGACAAAGGCAGACACAUGCCCAGUCUAAAAACAAAUGCUUGCUCCUACCCCUAGACACUUGAUGGCCCUUCAUUUGUAGAUCUGAAAGCAUUGUAAUUGUGUAAGCAAUAUGGGUGUAACUCCAUAUAGCCACUGUGAGUUGAUUUGGAACUGGGCAAGAGAAACGGGCACAGACAGCAUUGAGGUGAUACUGUCAGACGAGGUCACUCUCCUGCAUUGAGUUCCUCUCCUCCUCCCACAGUCAAUCACACCAUAUCUAACAGUAUUCAUAUAGUGUAUACAUCUGUCUGAUAGGUUAAAGCAGACGUUUUUACGGGUAGCAAUUAAGUACCAUACUGUGAUUGUCUAAAAUAAAAAAUGGUUUAUAAAAAAAUAAAAAUAAAUUGCUUCUUAGCAAUUUCUCAAGCAAGAAUUUUACUAGGGCUGUCAGAGUGGUUUGAGUGGGGAGUGGAAAAUGGAAAAUUAGCUAUUAUUGGCAGAGCGGUUUAGCACUCUCUCAUAUUUGUCUAUCGACUAAUUUAAAAACAGGCUGAAUUUCAGGUGGUCUUUUCAAACAACCCCUCCCGCCCCCACCCUUUUGUCCUCAGAAUUGUUCG